AAAAAUAUUGGUCCGAUGGUCUGUCUGUGCGGUGGUGCUGCUGAUGAUGACGAUGCUGAUGAUUCGGAUGAAGAUGAUAAUGAUUCGGAUGAUGAUUUGGAUGACGAUGAUGAUGAUUUGGAUGAUGAUGAUGAUGAUAAUGGUGAUGAUGAUGAUGAUGAUGAUGAUGAUGAUGAUGAGAUCGCUAGCAUCUCCUAGAUACAGGAAAGGAAAGCGGAAGUUAUUUCUUCGUUUCAGUUUGCUACUUCAGCCGUGA